UCUAGUUAACCCAAACAACUGAUCCACACAAAUUAGAAGUUGUUUUGUAUGUCCAUAUGUAAACGACGCAUAUCUCAGACAGAGUUGCAGCUGGAGGACAGCGGGUAUCUUAUUUAGUUUCAGCAGGGCAUCCGAGGACACAGAGAUGGUAUUGUGUUACUGAUAGUCUGCUCAGACUGUGUGUGUGUGUUGCUACAGUGACGGAUGAAGGUCUUCAAAGCCCCUGCGCGCGGCCGAGAACCCCUCAAGUGCAUCCGCGCGCUCAUAAAGAGCCGAGCUGCGGGCAAGUGCGCACUAACCUACUGAAGGGUGUGCAGAUUCAUUUAGAUUCUCUGACCUUCGUCGAAUUAAGACGCGUUAGCAUAAACAUGUACGUAAAACUGUGCAAUUUCGGCAAGUCCACAGACGGCAAGCCUAAACCGAAACCACUGCCGCCGGAUUCAGAUUCAUCAGAUAUUUACCAGAGAGUUCGUGUUUACCGCGUCGUUUCCCUGGUUCUUUUGGUCAUCUGCGUCCUCUUGUUGAUUGUGGUCAUUGUACUGUUUAUUAAGUUGACUGGGAUGCACUCAUGCCAGCCGACAGAGACCACUCUGGAACAGGAAUGCACCUUGAAGAAAUGUCAAGAAGUUUACCAACAGCCAUUCGAAAAAGCGCAGGGUCUGUGCCGUGACUGUGGCAGUGGCUGGCUGAGAUUCGAGAACACUUGUUACUUCCUGUCCGAGACGCGUCUCACCUGGCAGAAGAGCAGAGAGGAGUGCCAGAGGAAAGGAGGAGAUCUUGCUGUCAUCACUAAUGAACGUGUGCAGAUGUUUCUGAAAAAGAGGGCACUUAUACACUACUGGAUUGGCCUGAGUCUUGUGGGGACCAAUCAAUGGAUGUGGAUUAACAACACUGUAUUGACAGUGAGAUACUGGGGAGAUUCUUCUUCCUCUGGAGAAUGUGGCAUCAUGGUUGGAGAGAAACAGGCAGAGCGGAGCUGGCAGCCAGCGCCCUGCAGACUGAACCUACAGUACAUCUGUCAGAAAAUGUAGACCACACCAAUCCAUACCAUAAUUCAGUACAUACUCAGAAUCAUCAGAAAUGAGGACAAAACAGUGAACAGUCCUUUUUUUUUUCAUACAUAAUUGUGCAAAAACCUUUUUUGAUAUUAUGUGCUUUAUUUGCAUUACGGUUGCACUCAUUUCUAACCAUACUCAUCAUUUACACAAAGCUUGUUAUUUGCACUAAAUGUGUCUAAUGUUCACACAGUAAUGAAUUGCACUUACAUUCUGUUUGAUAUGCUUUUGUUUGUAUUUCUUAAUUAAACUUCCACCUUUAUAUUUA